AAUAAUCUUUACUUAAAAAUUCAUGCGAAGCGAUCACAUAUUAUUCUAAACAUCAAACAUGAGGAUGCAAAGAAAUAUUUGUUUAUUAUUAAUUAUAUUCUAUAAUUUCGUAAAUGGAAUACAAACUUUGGAUUUAAAUGAAAACUCCGAUGAAAUAGAAAUUUUGAAACUAGUAUUUGGAAAAUUGAAUAAAAUCUUAGAAGGAAAUGUCGAGGUAAAAACUGAUCUUAAGAAUAUUAAAACCAGAAUUCAACAAUUGGAAGAUAAAUUACAGCAAACUUCUGCUACUUCUACCACUUCCACAACUAAUGACAAACAAAAUAUUAUAGCCUGCAAUAUCAAUAGCCUUACAGCUAAUUUCAACUCAGAAUCCCCUGAUGAUUACUGUUUCGGUAAUAAUUGGAAUGUCAUACAGAGGCGUACAGAUGGUUCGGAGAAUUUUCAACGUAAUUGGAAUGAUUAUAAACAAGGUUUUGGCAAUAAAUCAAAUGAAUUCUUUGCGGGUCUAGAACAAAUUCAUCGUCUUACCUCGGAAAAACCUCAUGAAUUGUUGGUGGUUAUGCAGGAUUUCGAUAAUGACAAACGUUAUGCGAAAUAUGAUCAUUUCGAAAUUGGUGGUGAAGAUCAGCAAUAUGUUUUAAAAUCUUUGGGCGUAUACAGUGGCAAUGCCGGUGAUUCUUUAACAUAUCACAAAGGUUCAAAAUUCUCUACCAAGGAACGGGAUAAUGAUCAGCAUACAAGUUUUAAUUGUGCAGAAAAAUUUCAAAGUGCUUGGUGGUUUAAGGCCUGUCAUGAAAGCAAUUUAAAUGGCUGCUAUAGUAAUGCUAAUUUAAGAGAUUCUAAAAGUGCUAUCGCUUGUGGUAUUCAUUGGAAAACGUUUCGUGGCCAGUGGUAUUCUUUAAAAUUUGUGGAGAUGAUGAUUAGACCUAAAGUUUGACAAUUGUUUUAAAAUUCAAGUCUUAAUCGAAGUAGUAUUAAAAUUGUAAAAUAUUGAAGUUAAA